AUGAGUUACGCCUACCCUCACUCACACGGCGCCAGCUCUGGCAGCUAUCGGCCGGUCAGUCGCGAACCUGAUAUGGAACCAGCGACAUUUUCACAACAGAUGCGAGAUUACCUGCCAUCAUGGACACAACAAUGGGCGAUGGAACUGACAAAUGGAAUUCAAAGCUGGGAUGGGAUGCUGUCAUUGCUACGGAGGACAUUCCGGUGGAUCUUUACCAUCACAAAUGCGCUGGUAGUCCUGUGGGCUUGCACGCUUUGGUGGGGAGAGCGGACCAUUUUCCAGGACAGCGUCAAGGCAUGUGCGUGGGGAAACUGGGAGAAAUGGCCUCAAGACGCCGUGCCGCACCAUGUCGCGUUCAUCGCCGAUCCCCAAUUAGUCGAUCCUCAUACCUACCCCGGCCGGCCGUGGCCCCUGUCGACCUUGACCGUCAAGUUCACCGACCAAUACAUGCGGCGUUCGUUUUCUACAUUGCAGAAAGAGCUGGGUCCCGACUCGGUACUAUUCCUGGGCGACUUGUUCGAUGGCGGCAGGGAAUGGGCGACGGCAACUAGCUCCAGUCCGGAGAAGCGGUACCAAAAAUACAAGGAUCGGUUUUGGAAGAAGGAGUUCCAUCGAUUCACUAAGAUAUUCAUGGAUACCUGGAAUCAGGGCGAUGGACACGCGAGCGAUCCUCGUGGGCGAAGAAUGAUCACGAGCUUACCGGGCAACCACGACUUGGGCUUUGGGUCGGGUGUCCAGAUCCCUGUUCGGGAACGAUUCCAGAGCUUCUUUGGGAAAGGUAAUCGCGUGGACGUGAUCGGAAACCAUACCUUUGUCUCAGUUGACACCGUCUCGCUGAGCGCCAUGGAUCAGCCUGAUCCGGAGACUGGCAGCUCGGGUGCCGGCACAGGGGAAGGGGUCCUGCCAAACCAGCGCAUCUGGGCGGACACGGAGCAAUUUCUCAACAACAUGAACGUGCACCGGGGCCGGGCGGAGAUGGAAUCGUUGCGCAUGAUGAGAAAUGAGAGCGAGGGGCAUCUAUAUGUGCAUCGGGCUGUGGACAUUUUGGAGCCCUCCUUCUAUCACCGACCGCAGCCAGAGAUCGCAGGCCUCCCCGCGAUUCUCUUAACACACGUCCCGUUGUAUCGCAAACCGGCCACGCCAUGCGGGCCUUACCGAGAGCGGUAUCCCCCAACGGAUGACAACCUGGAAGAGGAUGAGCGCAACUCCAUACCUAUGGGGCGGGGAUACCAGUACCAGAAUGUGUUGACGCCCACCAUCUCGCGGGACAUCGUGUCCAAGGUUGGGCCUAACCUCGUUCAAGUCUACUCCGGGGAUGAUCAUGACUACUGCGAAAUUGCUCAUCACGAAUUCAGUGGGUCCCCCCGGGAAAUCACGGUGAAGAGCCUGUCUUGGGCGAUGGGGAUUCGACGGCCCGGCUUCGUGAUGACCAGCCUGUGGAACCCUGUCGACAAGGCGACCGGGCAGUCGCUGCAGUCGUCCGGAUCUGGUCGGACCGUGCAGAAUCACUUGUGCCUUCUUCCCGACCAGCUCUCCAUUUUCAUCAAUUACGGCCUUGUCUUGGCUUUCACCCUGGUUGUUCUCCUUCUCCGGGCGGUGUUUGUGGUGAAACAUCCCUCACAGGCUAGCGCGACGGACCCCAUCCUCCCUCUGUCGGAGAAUCGCAGUCGCCCUCCACAGCGCCCCGCCCGAUACAAGAGCCCGUCUUCUAGUACGUCCGGCUCCACGCUUCCAUCCCCGCACGGCCUGGCUAGUCGCGCGACCAACAAUCCUCCUUUGCACGCCACUUACGCAAGUGCAGAUGAGGAUGAGCUGAGUAGCGCCAAAUGGAAGCCGACGCGGGAUGGCUCUGGGCGCCGAGCCGGCCGGACUACGACCACGGCCGGGAGUGUUAAGGGGGAGUUUGUAGAUUCCGUGAAGUACGUAGCGGGGAUUGUGUUUGCGUGGUAUUUCUUUCUCAUUUGGCGUUGGUAG